UUACCGGCACGACAAGUCCUACAGGAAGGAAGGUCACCGCUACACUUGGUCUUCCUUCCUCUACACCGGACACAGCUGAUGCACAGGUCAGAGCGCAGGUCUCGGGAGUCAAGGGAGUUGUCUCACGCCAGAGAAGUCCGCCGAUAGGGAAUACUGGCCCGAUGUGCAUGAGCAGUGACGUCAAGCGAGUUGCCGAUCUCGGCUCUCGCGGCUUCCUCUUCCGAUUAUCAUUACCGCCUGCAUGCUCCACGGCUUUCCCCACCGAUCUCUUUCGACUGUUCAUUUCCAUGUGUACUUGGAAAUAGCCCGAUAUCAUCCCUGCACCACCGCCGAAAUAAAAAUGCCUGCAAUUCUUGUCUGUUCUCUCGCCCAUCUAUCAUCGACAUGGAGCGCCCUUCUGUCGAUGUCAAGUCGGCCACCUUCGAACAGCAAGAUGGCUAUGCUAAUCCAGAAUCAGGCGAGACAGGCCUCUAUAUCGAUCCAAUUAAGGAGAAAAGGCUUCUGGCCAAGCUCGACUUAGCUUUUGUGCCCAUUAUCAUGCUCGUUUACCUGUCUUGUUUUCUCGACCGUUCUAACAUUGGCAACGUCAAAACCGCCGGCAUGCCUGAAGCAAUUCACGCAACGCCUGAACAGUUCUCUAUCGCAGUGUCCAUAUUCUACGCCACUUAUGUCAGCUUUGAGACACCUUGGGCCAUCCUUUUAAAGAAGUUAACACCCCGCUACCUUCUGAGUGGCCUGUGUAUUGUCUGGUCCCUUGUCACCAUCUUCUCCGGUUUCAUUGAGAACAUCGGUGGCCUCUAUGCAACCAGGCUCAUCCUCGGAGCUUGCGAAGGUGGCCUUUUCCCCGGCCUAAACCUUUAUCUAACCAUGGUCUAUCGGAGAAAAGAGCAAGCAAAACGGGUUUCAUACCUUUUCGUGUGUACAGCUAUCAGUGGAGCUUUCGGGGGACUUCUUGCUUACGCCAUUCUUCAAAUGGAUGGGGUAUCUGGCGUUGCUGGCUGGAGGUGGGUUUACAUCAUUGAAGGCAUUUUCAGCUUCCUGAUAGCUGCUUAUGUAUGGUUUGGACUGCCAAACGAUCCCUCAAACGCCUACUUCUUAAAUGCAGAGGAGAAGAAUAUGAUGCAAAUCCGUGCGAUUCAGAGGAAGGAAUAUAUGGGCAGUGAAGAAUUCAGCUGGGAAGAAGUUAUGCUUGCAUUGAAAGAUCCAAAGCUUUACCUGAGGCGCGUAUACUUGUCUUUUACACGACUUUUUAAUGGUUCCAUUCAGUUCUGUCAAGACGUACUCCUUUACGGCUUCAGUACCUUUCUCCCGUCUAUCAUAUUGGGAAUGGGCUACAGCACAUUGCAAUCUCAAUACCUAACCAUCCCCGUUUACAUACUAGGCGGACUUGCUUUUAUGAUUUUUGCUUUCAUUUCAGAUAGAUUCACUAUUCGAGGGCCGUUUAUUUUUCUGACCAAUAUUCCUGGUAUCAUUGGAUAUAUUCUAUUGCUUACAGAUACUUCUGUUGGUGUCAAAUUCCUAGGCACCUUCCUAUGCGCUAUUGCAGUAUACAAUGGGGUGGGACUGAACGUGACAUGGUUGAAUGUCAACGUCGCCCCACAUUAUCGACGUGCUGCAUCGAUAGGGUUCCAACAAACUAUUGGCAAUACCGCUGGUGUGGUGGCUGGCCAAAUAUAUCGGACUGCGCCGUACAAACUGGGAAAUGCGUUCUCACUUGGGGCGUUGUGCAUAAGUCAGGUCCUUGUUGUUUUAAAGUGGUUGUACAUCAAGAAAUGUAACGAAGAGAAGGAGAAAAUUUCUAGUGGGGAAGUCGAAGACAUGAGGAAAGUCAAAUCGGGUGAUCGCGCUUUGAAUUUUAAAUACCAGCUGUAG